GCCGAAGCGGCUCAUAAUCAAAUAAGCAUUUCAUUUAGUAUCUCCCCAGAUUGAAGCAAAUAAACCAAAUCCACCGAACCAACGCAUGGAGUGGACAUCCAUCUUUCUCCUCUCCCUCGUCGUCUCCGCAUUGGUUCUCGUCCUCCGGCUCAGCCGGAGAAAGGGUGCCAGAAAUCGUGGGCGGCUCCCUCCCGGCCCGCCUGGAUGGCCUGUGUUUGGCAAUUUGUUCUCCCUUGGCCAGAUGCCCCACCGGACACUGACGCUGAUGAGAGAUCGCUAUGGCCCGGUCGUUUGGCUGAGGCUCGGGUCGAUAAACACGAUGGUGAUCCUCUCGGCCGAGGCUGCUGCUGAAUUCUUCAAGAACCAUGAUAUCCAUUUCGCCGAGCGCACGAUCACAGAGCUGAUGCGGGUCCAUGACUACCACAAGGGCUCCGUGGCCCUGGCUCCUUACGGGGCCUACUGGCGGGUGCUGAGGAAGCUGGUCACGGUGGACAUGCUGGUUAGUAAGCGGCUCAACGAGACUGUCUCCAUCCGUAGGAAAUGCGUUGACGACAUGUUGAGGUGGGUGGAGGACGCGGCAUGCAAGUCCAGGCCUGGCAACGGGGUCCAUGUGGCCCAGCAAGUGUUCUUGAUGACUUUCAACCUGCUAGGGAACCUGAUGCUGUCCCGUGACUUGCUGGACCCGAGCUCGAAGGUGACCUCCGAGUUCUUCACCGCAAUGACAGGGCUGAUGGAGUGGACAGGGCACGCAAACGUGGUGGACCUGUUCCCGUGGCUGAGGCGGCUUGACCCACAAAGACUGAGGAGGAAGAUGGAGAGAGACCUUGGAAAGGCACUGGAGAUUGCGUCCACGUUCGUCAAGGAGCGCUUGGAGGAACAGAAGGAAUUCGUCGACAGCAAAAACGACGAGACCAAGAAGAAGAAGGAUUUCUUGGAUGUGUUGAUGGAGUUCGAAGGGAAUGGGAAAGACGAGCCCGCGAAAAUUUCAGACCGAGACCUCAACAUAUUCAUACUGGAAAUAUUCCUGGCUGGCUCGGAAACUACGAGUAGCACGAUAGAGUGGGCACUGACCGAACUCUUGCUUCACCCAGAGUCCAUGAACAGAGCCAAGGCCGAGCUCUCCCGAGUAAUCGGGUCGACCCGGAAGGUCGAGGAGUCCGACUUCGGGCAACUUCUGUAUGUUCAAGCUGUUGUUAAGGAGACCCUCAGGUUGCACCCUCCUAUCCCGUUCCUGGUGCCCCGGCGGGCCCUGGAAGACACCGAAUUCAUGGGCUACCAGAUACCCAAGAACACGCAGGUCUUCGUGAAUGCUUGGGCCAUCGGGAGGGACCCUAAUGUGUGGGCUGACCCGUUAGAGUUCAAGCCUGAGAGGUUCCUGGGUUCGAAGCUGGAUUUCAAGGGCCAGAACUACGAGUUCAUCCCAUUCGGUGCUGGCAGGAGGAUGUGCGCAGGCGUGCCACUGGCCCAACGCGUUCUGCACCUUCUUCUCGGCUCGUUGCUUCAUGAGUUCGACUGGGAGUUCGAUAGCAGAAUUGACCCGAAGACCAUAGACAUGAGGGAUAGGCUUGGCGUGACCAUGAGGAAGUAUGAGCCGCUUCUUGCAGUGCCCAAGAAGCGUAAUGGACUAUGAGAUUUGGACGAACCCAAAUCCUUGUUUGACUCGAAACUGCCCGAAAGAGGUGCCUUAGGGCAGGCCAUUGUCCUAUGAUAAAUGCUUAUAUAACUGUAAUUUGUGUAGGAACUGGUCCAUCGACGGUCUACAUAUUAAAGUUGCCUUAAAUUUGAGAAAGGGAAUUCAAUAUAAUGUAAUCCCCCUUCACUGAAGUGAAGAAAUCAUGGAUUCGAUUCUUAUAUGUAA